UUUUUCCUGCCUGGCGUCAGCUCGCAGACUCGAUUUUCCCUUCUCAUGCCACUCCACACGCGCCGUGUGGUCUGGACCUGGGACCGGGGGAGGCUGGCCUGGUCCAUCUGCAGCAAGUCUUCGGAAAGUCCUGAGUUGUCAUCACAGGUCACGUUGCCAUCAGCUGUAAUCCAUUUACUUAAUUAAAGGUAAUGAACCAAAAAGACCAUGUCUGAAGUACAAGGAACGGUGGAGUUUUCUGUAGAGCUGCAUAAGUUUUAUAAUGUGGAUCUGUUUCAGAGAGGGUAUUACCAGAUCCGAAUGACCUUGAAGGUGUCCUCAAGAAUCCCCCACAGACUGAGCGCCUCCAUCACGGGGCAGACAGACAGCAGCUUCCUGCACUCGGCCUCCAUCCACGAGAACACGGUGCACAGCCGGGUCUUUCAGAUCUUGUACAGGAAUGAAGAGGUCCCCGUCAACGAUGCUGUGGUCUUCGGGGCGCACCUGCUCCUAGAUGGAGAGAGGGUGGAAGAGGCCCUGAGCGAAGUCGAUUUUCAGCUCAAGGUGGAUCUGCACUUCACGGACAGCGAGCAGCAGCUCAGGGAUGUGGCCGGGGCCCCCAUGAUCAGCAGCCGCACGCUGGGCCUGCACUUCCACCCCCGGAGAGGCCUGCACCACCAGGUCCCGGUCAUGUUCGACUACUUCCACCUGUCCGUCAUCUCGGUGACCGUCCACGCGGCCCUGGUGGCUCUGCAGCAGCCGCUGGUCAGCUUCACGCGUCCGGGAAGAGGCUCCUGGCUCGGGAAGGGAAGCCCAGACGCGGGACCGGAGCCGUCCAGCCUGUCUCUGGAGAACCUGGUCUUCGGCGCCGGCUACUGCAAGCCGCCCUCCUCGGAGGGGAGCUUCUAUGUGCCCUCGGAGGACUGCAUGCGGCGCGCCCACAGCUGGCACCGGGAGCUGUGCGGCCUGCUCCUGCACGCCCACCGGGGCCUGCGCGCCUAUUUCCUGGGCAUCGCCAGGGACGUCCCGGAGCUGCCCCACGUCGAGCCGGAGUCCCUGGCCAUUGAAGAAACACUCUCUCAGCUGUGCUCAGAGCUACAGAUGCUGAGCAGCCCGGAGAAGAUAGCGGAGCAGAUAAGCAAGGACCUGGCCUGGCUCACCUCCCACCUGAUGGCUCUGUGGACCCAGUUCCUGGACACGGUGACUCUGCAUUCCCACGUGACCUCGUACCUCACCCAGGAGCACCACAGCCUGAGGGUCCGAAGGUUUUCUGAAGCCUUUUUCUACAUGGAGCACCAAAAACUGGCCGUCCUGACCUUUCAGGAGCAUCUGGUGCAGUCGCACAGCCAGCUGUCCCUGGAUGUCCGGAGCUCGGAGUACCUGGCCAGCAUGCCCCCGCUGCCCGCCGAGUGCCUGGACAUCGACGGCGACUGGAGCACCCUGCCCGUGAUCUUCGAGGACAGAUACGUGGACUGCCCCAAGACAGGGCGUCCUCUGGAUGUCUACCCUAGUUUUGAUGACACAGCCACAGUUCCUGCAACCGUGGACCUCAGAGACAAAGAAGACAACCGUCUUAUAAACAGAAAAUCAUCUUUCAGGGAAGACCCUGCCUCGCCCCCCACGAAGCCUCCCCAGCUGGACGGAGAUGAGGAGGUGACCGGGUGUCCUGAGCCGGAGGAGACGGUGUCCGCGUCGCAUCCUGCCGACCUGUGCUCCGAGUCGCAGGUGUAUCUGACAAUUGGGGAAUUCCAGGACAAAGCGGAUUUCCCUGAAGAUGAGUCUGGGGCUGGCCAGCCCCCUGGCUCUGGAGUGGGGCCCCUGGCCGACGUGGACCUCCCCAGAGAGAGCCCGGGCCCCGAGGACGACCCAGCCCCAGCACUGAGCUACCUGGAGGUGAAACCCAGUGGAGAGAGCUGCUGCAGGGCCACACCCACCGGGGUGAGCAGUGCCCAGCACGAGGGAUGGCACUUUGUGGGGGACCGUGAACCAGACCCCGCCACACCAGGCCACGGGCGGGCUGGCGGGGCGCACCAAGAUGCCCUCUCCGCAGAGAAAGCGGCAGGCCCUGGGUCUGCGGGCUGCAGGGCCGACCAGGGGGGGUGGACGGCGCCCCUCAGUCUGAAGCUCGCCCCCUCUGAGUCCUGUGAUCCACCGGACUUUAUUGCGCGGGACCCCAUGGACAUGAGGGCGUCCCCCAAGGACCUGCGCCUGGAGGAGCAGGAGGAAGCGUCGGUGCUCUCAGGGGUCAUCAAGAGAUCCUCCUCUGUCAUCUCUGACUCCGGCAUCGAGAGCGAGCAGAGCUCGGUCGCCUGGUCCGAGGCCCGCAGCAGGGCCCUGGACCUGCCCAGUGACCGGGAGGCCUUGUACCAGCUGGCCCGGAGGCACGCCCUGCACAGGGACUCCCUGGAGGGCGGCCGCACGGAGAGCAACACCAGCCUGCCCAGCGGCAUCCAGGCCUCGCUCACCUCCAUCAGCUCUUUGCCUUUCGAGGAGGAGGAGCGGCGUGAGCUGGCUCUCACCAAGCUGACCAAGUCGGUCUCCGCGCCCCAAAUCAGCAGCCCGGAGGAGCCUGCUGAAGACUCGGAUGCCAGGCGGCCGGGUGGUGCCCAGGUCAAAGCCCCUGCCAUGCCCGUUGCAGGCACGGGCAUCCCCGGACGCUACUCUCAGCCUUGUGGCGGGCUGGACAGUCCCUUUGUGGAGGUGGCUUUAGAUGUCAUCAGCCAGCAGGGCCCCAGUUACAUAGACACCCCCCAAAGUUCAGAAAGACCGUUUGAGCCUCCAGGACUCUGUCAUCUUGAUGGCAGGACGGGAACCCCUCAGGAUGUGGAGACCCAGGGUCUUAACACAAAAACACCAUGCAUCAGAGCAGCAGAAAAGCCUGGCGAUGGAGCUAUUCCAGGGACUCUAAUGGAGACCCCGAGGGGCAUGGCCAGUGUCUUAAAUGUGGGUCCAGGGUCUCUUUCCCGUAGCAGCGUCUUGGAGAUGGAGCACCCCGGCCACCUCCGCGUGCCUGAUUGGGGCUGUGGGUCCCCUGCUGCUGCCACCGACCUGGAGUCAGUGGGCGAACCCAGCGACUCACCUGGCACCUUGGAUGCUGCAGCCUUUAGUCCAGGAGCCAACGGCUUCCUGGAGGCUGGACAUGAAGCAGGCACCGUGUGCUCCGCUGCGAGUCCCCCUCGGCCCCCCCAGCUUGUGGGCAGCCAAGAGCCAAGGGCGUGCACUUCCGGCACGGUGCCCACCCUGGCCCCUGCAGAGACCUUUGCCCUGGACAGCCUGCAGGCGGUGGAGGUCGUCAACCUGUCUGUGUCCUGCACGGCCACAUGUCUCCCCUUCUCGUCUGUGCCCAAGGAGACCCCUGCCCGGGCGGGGUUCUCUGCCAGGCAGACCCAGUCCCCCAUCACGCACCAGCCUGUGGGCUCCUUCGGAGCUGUUUCUCCCCACUCCAGCGAGCUGGGGGAGGAGGUCAGCGAGAGGAUGUUCAGUUUUUACCAGGCCAAAGAAAAAUUUAAAAAAGAGCUGAAGAUCGAUGGAUUCCUGUACAGCGACUUGUCCGCGCUGGCUUCCGAUGUGCCCUACUUCCCGCCAGAGGAGGAGGAGGAGAACUUGGAAGACGGGAUCCACCUGGUCGUCUGUGUGCACGGGCUGGACGGGAACAGUGCGGACCUCCGACUGGUGAAGACUUUCAUAGAGCUGGGGCUCCCUGGAGGGAAACUGGACUUCCUGAUGUCCGAGAAGAACCAGAUGGACACGUUUGCAGACUUCGACACCAUGACGGACCGGCUGUUGGACGAGAUCAUCCAGCACAUCCAGCUGUACAACCUCUCCAUAUCCCGGAUCAGCUUCAUUGGCCACUCACUGGGCAACAUCAUCAUCCGCUCGGUCCUGACCAGGCCCCGCUUCCGGUAUUACCUCAGCAAGCUCCACACGUUCCUGUCGCUAUCCGGGCCUCACCUCGGGACCCUGUACAACAACAGCACCCUGGUCAGCACGGGCUUGUGGCUCAUGCAGAAGCUGAAGAAGUCGGGGUCGCUGCUGCAGCUGGCCUUCAGGGACAACGCGGACCUGCGCAAGUGCUUCCUCUACCAGCUCAGCCAGAAGACAGGGCUGCAGUAUUUCAAGAAUGUCGUGCUGGUGGCGUCCCCCCAGGACCGAUACGUGCCAUUCCACUCCGCCAGGAUCGAGAUGUGCAAGACGGCCCUCAAAGACCGGCACGCGGGGCCGGUUUAUGCAGAAAUGAUCAACAACCUUCUCCGCCCGCUGGUGGAGGCCAAGGGCUGCACGUUGAUCCGACACAACGUGUUCCACUCCUUGCCCAGCACGGCCAACACCCUGAUCGGGCGCGCCGCCCACAUCGCAGUGCUGGACUCAGAACUGUUUCUAGAGAAGUUCUUCCUGGUGGCAGGACUCAACUACUUCAAGUAGUGCUCUGAGGGCAUGGGCCUCGGGGAGCUCGCCAGAAAUGCCUAAGACCCGUGGAGGCUUUAGCUGGGACAUCCUUUUGUAGGCGUCUGCCCUUCCAGACUGGGGCUCUCAGAGGAAGGGUGGAGGGCGGGUGGGGCUGACAUUCCAGGUGCUUUCAUUUUGGAGAUCUGGGAAGGCUGAACCAGUAGUGUGAAGGACAACAGAUUCUGCCUGACCCUGUCUAGCCACCUGGAGUCUCAUUUGAGAUGCUUUCUAGGAAAAAGAUGAAAAAAUAAACAGACCCUUGCAGCGGUGAGCCCACCUUUUGAACCACCCUUGGCUCAUGGGGAGUGUCCAGUUUAACUAGAUUUGUUCAGUCUGUUACUAGCUCAUAGCUUUAUCAUUUUUGAUCCAAUUAAGUGCACACAAGCAUUUCAGAACUCAGGUUAAUCUCUGUGCAGAAGUGGGACAUAUCUAUGUAAAUAUGACCCUUACUAGAGUCUCAUGUGCCACUGGAGACCAUGUGAUGUCCAUUCUCUCACCCCCUCCUCAUGUUCGCUCCCCGAGGGGCAAAGGAAUGCUUUAUAAACUCCAACUUCAGUUCAUAACAGCAGUGGGUGGGGUUUUGAAGUUAGGGGGGUGCAGGUGAUGUUCUGGCAAAUGCAAGUUUGUUACAAAGAAGAGUAACUUGGGGACCCUGGGAGCUCCUAGUUCCUCCUGCUUCUCCAGACUUUUCUAUGCAUAGCCCUGGUUCCACAAAUUGUUUCUGUGAUGGCUUCAACCUUUCUGUCGUAGGGAAAAUCAACUUAAACUAAACCUUAAACUAAAGGGGGGGCAUGGAGAUUAAUGCGCGCAUGUGGAUGCUCCUGCUGGUACACUUCCAAAGAAAUGCUAUGUUAGCAUUUGAUGCAAUUGCAAAAAACUAAAACCAUUUGCACGGUCAGCUGCUUCUCCUCUCUCAGGAAGGAGAAAGGCAUCUAAAUGGAGGGGUGCUGGAUUAAAAACCUCAGGGGAGCUCUAAGAAGGGUGCUGGCUAUCUUUCAAUAGAAAUGUCUUCUUGCCUUAGGAAAAUAAAGGGCUAGGAAAGGUCACCCUUGUUCAGAAACUGACAGCAGGGGCAGAAGUGAGAUCAGAGAGAACAGCUGGAUCGGAGACCCAAUGCAAGUUGUUGUUGGUAAGAGACUUAAGGGAGGUUUUGAAAAUUACCAGGAUGUCUAAGGUGGCCCCAGGGAGAAUGUGCUCUGGGAGGAAGGAAGCCAAAAGAAGCGUCCAGCUGUGCUGGGAGCUGUGAACCAGGUCAGCCGGGGUGACUAACACAGGAGACUCCUCCUGAGGUGAGAACCCCGCUUCUGUACGAGACCCUCUGAAGGGCUGACGCUCAUCUGGGACCAGACUCCCGCGCCUGGGCGGUGACUCGAGCUCAUCAACACACCGGUGAGGAAGCCAAGCAAAUCCACAGCUCAUCUGGGAACUGUUUCCUUAUAUAUUAACGUGACUUUGGAAAACAAAGGCUUCCCAAACAUUUGCGAUCCCAGCCAGAGAAGUAAGUCUAGGUCGCCAGCUCUGCAGGAGGGAAGACUUGUGCGUUUCCGAAAUCCACAAGGGGAGGGGUUGAAGGUUCUGCAAAGGCAGACAUGGUAGGUCUUUUCCGAACUUGCACUGUGUUCUUGUCUUAAAAUGUUUGGGGUCAGGGAACCCCUGCUUAGCUCGCUGUGUAUUUUGCAUGUCUCACUGGACACAGCUCUGGCUGCCCGUGGGCAGCACCCACCUGCUCUGCUGCCCGGGAGGACCGGCCCCUGCUAGUGUGGCCUGUGAUGACAUGGCCCCUGCCUGGACGAGGGUCCGUGCUCACGCUGGGCCAGACGUUGAUAGCACGUCUCUGCUUUGGCCAAAGGAGGAGCCCUGGGCCGCGGGGGAGGCCUCCUGUUCUGUGCUCCCAAUCCCCAUCAGGAAGUCGGUUGCCCCCGCUCAGUUUUCAGACCCCGUAGCCAGGCUGUGGGGUCUGGGAGAAUCCAACCACCACGGUCCUUUCCAAUAACCAGAUGCCAUUUUUAACUUCAAUGUGCUGUCUGGACAUGGUGAGAACUAAUGGCAAUAAACGUCCAGCUACUCAUGCACCUCUCUUUUCUAGGGGUGCUCAGCUGUCUCUGUAAACCCUCUCUGGUCUCCGAGCAUCAUGACUGUGUAGAAAGAACAUCUCUAUAUUGUAAAUAAGAGUGUCUAGUAUUGCGUGUCAUGCCUCAUUUGAAAAGGCUUUUCUAUGUCUCUUUCUAUCGAAGUACAGAUAUCUAAUAUAUAUACAUAUAUACAUAAAAUUACAUAUAUAAUAUAUAAUGCUAAACAGGGACAUUCUGUAUUGAUUAUAAAAAUUAUAAACACAACG